GCAGCGGCGAGGGCCCCUCCCGCCAUCGCUCCGCACGGACACCGCCACCUCCCGCCCCGCUGCCUCCGGCCCGCCGUGACCCCUCGCCUUCUGAGAAAGCGCCCUUGCCCCACCUCUAGCUGCCCACCAGGCGAAGAAUCUCGUUACCUGUUCCACUCUUACUAGCGUGAGGAAACCAGGCUCAUAAGAUAGAGGAAAACAAUCAAGAAAAAUGUCUAAGCAACAACCAGCUCAGUUUAUAAAUCCAGAAACUCCUGGCUAUGUUGGAUUUGCAAACCUUCCCAAUCAAGUUCACCGAAAAUCAGUGAAAAAAGGUUUUGAAUUCACACUGAUGGUGGUUGGUGAAUCCGGUCUAGGAAAAUCCACUCUCAUCAACAGUCUAUUCCUGACUGAUCUCUACCCAGAAAGAAUUAUACCUGGAGCUGCAGAGAAAAUUGAAAGAACUGUCCAGAUUGAGGCUUCAACUGUUGAAAUUGAAGAGCGGGGAGUCAAGCUGCGCCUCACGGUCGUAGAUACCCCUGGCUACGGGGAUGCCAUCAACUGCAGGGACUGUUUUAAGACAAUUAUCUCGUACAUCGAUGAGCAGUUUGAGCGCUAUCUGCAUGAUGAGAGUGGCUUGAACAGGCGACAUAUCAUUGAUAACAGGGUGCACUGUUGCUUCUACUUCAUUUCGCCUUUUGGACAUGGACUGAAGCCCUUGGAUGUUGCAUUUAUGAAAGCGAUACACAAUAAGGUGAACAUUGUGCCUGUCAUCGCAAAAGCUGAUACUCUCACUCUGAAGGAACGGGAGCGGCUGAAGAAAAGGAUUUUGGAUGAAAUUGAAGAGCAUAGCAUUAAAAUCUAUCAUUUACCUGAUGCAGAAUCAGAUGAAGAUGAAGAUUUUAAAGAGCAGACUAGACUGCUCAAGGCCAGUAUCCCAUUCUCUGUAGUUGGAUCCAACCAGUUGAUUGAAGCUAAAGGCAAGAAGGUCAGAGGGCGCCUCUAUCCUUGGGGUGUUGUGGAGGUCGAGAACCCAGAGCACAAUGACUUUCUGAAGCUGAGAACAAUGCUCAUCACCCAUAUGCAAGACCUCCAGGAAGUGACACAGGACCUUCACUAUGAAAACUUCCGUUCUGAGAGGCUCAAGAGAGGUGGCAGGAAAGUGGAGAAUGAGGACAUGAAUAAGGACCAGAUCUUGCUGGAAAAGGAGGCUGAGCUCCGCCGCAUGCAGGAAAUGAUUGCCAGGAUGCAGGCGCAGAUGCAGAUGCAGAUGCAGGGUGGUGACAGUGACAGCGGGGCCCUGGGGCAUCACGUGUGAGGCGAUCCUUGUGUGUUGAAACACUCUUGGAUAAAAUGAGCGAUUCCAGAUGAGUGCCACAGCUGUGUCUUCGCUGGGUCCCUUGGCAGGGUGCCUCUACAAAUUUAAGUGCCUGCAUCUGACUUUUUAACCAACUUUUGAUGUAUUUUUGUAUGAAGUGCUUUUAACAUUUAUAUUUCAUUGCUGUUACACUCUAUAUUUACUUUCUUCCGCCUUAACUAAUGACCAGUGUUACUAUAACUCAUUUCUAAGAAUCACUCAUUGUGUGUAGUUAAUACUGAAUUUCUUUAUGUUAGCUGGCCUAGCUAAUCAUUGGUGACCACUUUCAAUUUAUAUCUAGAAGACUGAGAUUUAAUCCAAAAUGUUCCUGCAUGAUAGGCAUGUACUCUGACAGAGAGAAGAAUAUGUAGUCUUGGUGCCAGGCCAUUUUCUUCUUACUAAAUCUUACUCUGUGGAGACUCUAAAUUUUCCUUGGUUUUAUAUUGUGCACAACACCUAAGACCAGUUUUGCUGCUAUAAUUCAAUACUGUUAUUUUUUCUGCACAUUUACUUACCUGUUUACCAAGUAGAACUGAGGUGUCUAAUGAGACAUGUGUUUGCUUACCAGGCUUUUAGUUGUGAGUUUUAAGAGCUCUGUAUUCUGAUGCUAGAUCACACCACUUUCUAUAGUGCCCUCCUCUGAUGCUGGUUAUGCUGUGCAGAGCAGCUGAGAGCUCUGGCCUCACACUGCAGUAAGACUCCACACACAGUCCGUGAACUGUUUUUACUCAACUAAAUUAUUUCCCAAGUUAUAGGAGAUGAUAUAUUUUUAGAACCAGUCUUUUAAUAUUUUAUGCUGCACUUUAAUGUACAGUCUGUAACUGCAAUUGUAAAAGAUCUGUCUCAGAAGCAUAAGGCAUGAACCUGUCACUGCCUGAGGGCCAGGCCCCAUGAAUCCCAAAUGCCUGCCUGGUUUUUCUGAUUUGGUUUUUCUGUUUGUUUAUUGACUUUGUUUAAAAAAAAAAAAAAGCAAUAACAAUGAUUCUCCAUGUGUUCAAAUUUUUCUGUGUGUCAUAUAGGAAUGAAAGAUAAUUCAGACCUGUUGCUGCAGGAUGGUGGACAGGCAGCCGUAAGGAAAGCCAGGUCCAGUCUGUCUCCUGACACUGUGGCCUGGCCCUUCCUGGACUUGCCUUUCCUCCAUCAUGUCCUUCAGAAGUUCCUUUCCAUCAUGUCUGCUAAGGUCAGGAAACAAAAGGAAUGAGUGAAGGAGAUGGCAGUGUGGUUUUAGUAUUUUCACUUCAUUCCUUUCCAACAGGAGUUGAGCUGAAGAAAAUGCGUAAGAUGAGACAGGAAUUUGGGAUUUGGAGGCUUUCCUUUGGGCCAAGAACAACAAAACAACACUCAAAAAUUGUUAGUUACGGAGUUAUGCAACAGAAAAUCUAGGGUUCUUCCUUGUUGAUCAUCGUGAAUGGUUAGAGGCUUGUAUUGUGAAAUUUCUUCCAAGAAACAUGCUGUAUGACUUCAGAAUAUGCCCGUGCAGUCACUUAUUCGAGUUAUUUUGGCAUUUGUUAACUUUGCUCAAGGAAGCUGUAAAAAGACAAUUAAUUAUGUUUCUGUCGGUGUAUGUUGUGAUAAAGCCGCCGUGUAGGACCUGCUGCCACCGGAGGGUGGCAGUGUGGAUGGGAGGGCCUGGGCCUCACCCUUUGACGUUUCCAUGAUUGCUCUUCACUAAAGAGAUCAUCUCUGCCUAGAGUCAUGUAUUUUGAAAACACUUAUUUUACACAGCAAGUUUGUACCCAUUUAAACUAAUCUUUUUCAAUAAAGCACUAUUGUUUAGAUAUUAAA